CAUCAUGCAGAAGAAACAAUGCAGGAGGUAGCAGUUUCAGUGCUGAUUCAAGACAGGCUCAUUUAACCUCAUUUAAUCACCCUUGGAUUCUCAUGAUGGCCCUGAUCUGCCUUUGCGAGUCUGUGAAUGGAUCAGACCAGGAUUACGAGUUCUGCAAUGGCACUACAUUGAACUUCACCGGAAACGAAAGUGGACACUGUUACCUUCAGACCAUGGACGAAGUUCUGUUUAAGCUUCUGGGCCCAAGACGAUCUCCGUUCUUCUUCCCUGUAACCUGUACUUACAUCCUUAUCUUCAUGACCGGGGUCUUAGGAAACCUCCUGACCUGCGCUGUGAUCACUAAAGAUCGUAAAAUGCAAACUCCCACCAACUUGUAUCUCUUUAGCCUGGCCAUCUCCGAUCUUCUAGUGCUACUCUUCGGGAUGCCUCUGGAAAUCUAUGAACUUUGGCAGAACUACCCUUUCCCCUUCGGUGAGAGCAUCUGCUGCUUUAAAAUCUUCUUGUUUGAGACGGUUUGCUUUGCUUCUGUGCUAAAUGUCACAGUGUUAAGUGUGGAGCGCUACAUAGCUGUGAUUCACCCACUCAAAACCCGUUACGCCAUCACCAACAAGCACGCUCGAAGGGUCAUCGCUGGGGUUUGGGCUAUGUCUCUGCUCUGCGCCGUCCCGAACACCUCGCUUCACGGCCUGCAGUACCAGUAUCUGCCGGAGAGGGUUCAGGAAUCGGCUACCUGCAACCUGCUCAAGCCCAAAUGGAUGUACAACUUGGUGAUCCAGAUCACGACUGUACUCUUCUACUUUGUGCCCAUGAUGAUGAUCAGCGUGCUGUAUCUGAUGAUCGGCCUGACGCUUGGCAGAGGGCAGAGGCAGAGGAAGGACAAGCUGGGAAGCAAUCACAGCAACGACAGCUGGAAAAUCCAUCUGGACAGCAGACGGAGGAGACAGGUCACCAAGAUGCACUUUGUGGUGGUAUUAGUGUUUGCCAUCUGCUGGGCUCCGUUCCACAUCGACCGGCUCUUAUGGAGCUUCAUCACCAGUUGGACAGACCACAUGCAUAACAUCUUUGAAUAUGUGCACAUAAUCUCCGGCGUGCUCUUCUACCUCAGUUCGGCUGUAAACCCCAUAAUCUACAACCUGCUUUCCAGCCGCUUCCGGGAACGAUUUCAAGCGCUGGUGUGCAGUCGCCUGUCAACUAGAUCCUCGCGUAAUGACUCCAUGCCAUUUUACAUCAUACCCAAAGACCCCCCGACUGAUUUCAAACGGACUGGAUAAGAGCAGGAACACACAUGGCCUUUUCCUUUUGUCAUUAUCAGCAGUGGGAGAGAGGGAAUGAAUGAAUGAUAUGCUUUGAAGUGAGACAACACACUCGGCGCACUCACACGGCAUUGUACUAUUCACUCCAAGAAUAGAAACAGAAGGUGUAAAGCAUGCCUGUAAACA